GAAAUACUGCACUCUACACAAACCAGAGUUAAAGAGUUUACUCUUCAUCUUCUUAGUCGUCGACUCUUGUUUCUUUCACACUCUUAGCAACCAUGUCUUUGCUCUCAGAUCUCAUCAACCUCAACCUCUCCGAAUCCGGCAUCAAGAAGAUCAUUGCGGAAUACAUAUGGAUUGGUGGAUCUGGCAUGGACAUCAGAAGCAAAGCAAGGACAAUCUCUGGUCCAGUGAGUGAUCCUUCAAAGCUUCCAAAAUGGAACUAUGACGGUUCUAGCACUGGUCAAGCCCCUGGUGAAGAUAGUGAAGUCAUCCUAUACCCACAAGCCAUCUUUAAGGACCCAUUCAGGAGGGGAGAGAAUAUUCUUGUUAUUUGUGAUGCAUACACCCCAGCUGGAGAGCCAAUCCCUACAAACAAGAGACACAAUGCUGCCAAGAUUUUCAGUCACCCUGAUGUAGCCUCUGAAGAACCAUGGUAUGGUAUUGAGCAAGAGUAUACUUUGUUACAGAAAGACAUUAACUGGCCAGUUGGGUGGCCAAUUGGUGGCUACCCUGGACCACAGGGGCCAUACUAUUGUGGCAUUGGUGCCGAUAAAGCCUAUGGUCGUGACAUUGUUGAUGCACAUUACAAGGCUUGUAUCUAUGCUGGCAUCAACAUUAGUGGCAUCAAUGGAGAAGUUAUGCCUGGCCAGUGGGAAUUCCAAGUUGGUCCUUCUGUUGGUAUCUCUGCUGGUGAUGAGGUUUGGGCUGCUCGCUACAUACUUGAGGUAAUUUUACCUUUAUUGGACUCUUUCUUUUUUAUUUUUUUUUAAUUAGUGAAAAUCAGUGAACAUAUAUUACAGGGAGACUGGAAUGGUGCGGGUGCUCACACUAACUACAGCACAAAAUCGAUGAGAAACGAUGGAGGGUAUGAAGUAAUAAAGAAGGCGAUUGAGAAGCUUAAAUUGAAGCACAAAGAUCACAUUGCUGCCUAUGGAGAAGGCAAUGAGAGACGCCUCACUGGAAAACAUGAAACUGCAGACAUCCACACCUUCUCUUGGGGAGUGGCAAACCGUGGAGCAUCAGUAAGAGUUGGAAGAGACACAGAGAAGAAUGGAAAAGGUUACUUUGAGGACAGAAGGCCAGCUUCUAACAUGGACCCUUAUGUCGUAACUUCCAUGAUUGCGGAGACCACCAUCCUCUGGAAGCCAUGAAUCGUCAAUUUCAUCACAUCACCACCACCACCACCAUAUAUAAAACCCCCAUAAAUGUUGUGUUUAAUCCCAUCAUUUUAGUGUGUGCAUUUUGUUGUUGGAUGACAAUAAUUACUAUCAUAUAUCAUCAUUGCUAAUAACAUGAAUUGCUUCCCCGUUUCUCAA